GCCGUCUCCGCUGCGGCCGGAAACAAUAGUUGGAGGAACCCGAGCCGUGCGGAACGGCAGUGGUGGCCCGCGAAGCCGGACGGGGAACUAUGAACGAAGAGGAGCAGUUUGUAAACAUUGAUUUGAAUGAUGACAACAUUUGCAGUGUUUGUAAACUGGGAACAGACAAAGAAACACUCUCCUUCUGCCACAUUUGUUUUGAGCUAAAUAUUGAGGGAGUACCAAAGUCUAAUCUCUUGCACACCAAAUCAUUAAGGGGCCAUAAAGACUGCUUUGAAAAAUACCAUUUAAUUGCAAACCAGGGUUGUCCUCAAUCUAAGCUUUCAAAAAGUACUUAUGAAGAAGUCAAAACCAUUUUGAGUAAGAAGAUAAACUGGAUUGUACAGUAUGCACAAAAUAAGGAUCUGGAUUCAGAUUCUGAAUGUUCUAAAAACCCCCAGCAUCAUCUGUUUAAUUUCAGGCAUAAGCCAGAAGAAAAAUUACUUCCACAGUUUGACUCCCAAGUACCAAAAUAUUCUGCAAAAUGGAUAGAUGGAAGUGCAGGUGGCGUCUCUAACUGUACACAAAGAAUUUUGGAGCAGAGGGAAAAUACAGACUUUGGACUUGCUAUGUUACAAGAUUCAGAUGCCACUUUAUGUCAUAACAGUGUAUUGUGGCCUCAUAGUCGCAACCAGGCACAGAACAAAGAAGAGACAAUCUCUAUUCCAGAGGCUGAUGUCCAGACCCAGCAUCCACAUUACAGCAGAGAGGAAUUGGAUUUGAUGACUCUUGGUGAGGUAGAGCAACUGAAUGCAAAGCUCCUACAGCAAAUCCAGGAAGUUUUUGAAGAGUUAACACAUCAAGUACAAGAAAAAGAUUCUUUGGCCUCACAGCUCCAUGUCCGCCACGUUGCUAUUGAACAGCUUCUGAAGAACUAUUCUAAGUUACCAUGUCUGCAAGUAGGGCGAACAGGAAUGAAGUCACACCUACCCAUAAACAACUGACCUAAACAGACCUGCUUCGUAUGCCCUAACCUUUAUUGGUCUCCCAGACAUGCAAACUUUGAAGAAGUUUGAAGAAAGUUGUGGUCCAUUUUUUUAUGGUCAUUAAAUUUGCCAAACAUGAGGCAGUAUUUAACAUCUUUGUCAAAUAAAGCAGAUCAUUAUACUCUA